AUGGAGACCAGAGCCCUCUGUCUAAUGUUGCUGGUCCUGCUAGCUGGCUCCUCUGAGGUGGCUGCGGAGUACAUUGGCCUGUCUCCAAGCCAGUGUAUGGUCCCGGCCAAGGUCAGGGUGGACUGCGGCUACCCCAGUGUCACCAAAGAGGAGUGCAACAACCGUGGCUGCUGCUUUGACUCCAGCAUCCGGAAUGUGCCCUGGUGCUUCAAGCCCCUGCAGGAGGCAGGGGACCCUCUUGAGGCCCCAUCCUCCAUGUCCCAUUCACACAGCACAGCGGUCAGAAAUCAUUGCUUCUCACUGAGGUGGGCAGCCAUGGUUUCUUCUCCUUGGAGAAGGCUUUGUCCCCCAAACACCACUAUACUGGGAAUGGUGCUUCAACGUGAUGUUUGGCAAGUCACACUGAGAGCACAUCAGACUGUGCAGUGGCUGUGA